AUGCAGGACAGCGACCCGCUGGAGAACCUGCUCGGGUCCAAGGCCUGGCCACCACUUCCGGGACCCAAGUCGGAGCUUGUGCGUCCGUAUGCUGGGCUGACCAUUGCGGCAGGCAGCAGCGAGGGUCUGGCGCUGGAGGAGCUGACAUCGCUGCACGCGGCGGUGCAGAUGUCCGAGGUCGCCUUUGCCACCCGCGAGCUAGACGAGCUGAUGGAGCGGAUGGGCGAGCUGGAGAAGACGCUGAUGCGGUACGACUGGACCGAGCUGCUCAAGUCUGUGGCGGUGUACGGACUCGAUCCCGUGCAGGCGAGCCAGCUCGAUGCCGACUCGGCCGACCACCAGCCGACGUUCAUCACCCAGCCGUCCGAAGCUGGCGGGAGCGGGAGCGGGGCCGUGGCCGUGGCUGCGCCCGGAACGCCUGCGGCCGAGGCGCGGAUCCGUGCUGCGGCGCUGCCGACCAACGCGCGGGCGCUUUACGCCAAUGUGCAGAACAACAUUGUGACGGUGGCCAAGUACCCGGGCUUCAAUCCCGAUGCUACGACGCCGCUGCCGCUGCCAGAGGACCGCAACGCGGCAGACAUCAUGCUGUUUGUCAGCGAGCUCUUCACCUUUGUGCCCACCAUGUCGAUGGGCGAGUGGAAGCUGCUGUUCCGGUCGCGGCUCUCCAUCGAUAUUCUGCAGGACGUGUUCUGGUGGUUCUGGUGCUCCGAGUACAACACUUCCAAGCUGCAGUCGGCGGCCAAGGCUUCGGACAUGAACGCCAUGUUUGAUCGCAUCGCUGACAACUACACCCGACUCUUUAUGCUCGUCCCGCCCAAGUUCAAGGACGACUUUUUCAAGCGCUACCCGUCGUGCCUGGCCAUGGCGCUCUUUCGCUCCUUCUGCGAAGCCUUCCCGCAGUCGGUCUUCACCGCCUUUGGCCCGCCGUUCAAAGACAAGCUCUGCAACAUGGUGUACCUGUGGAUGUCUGGGACCAAGGCGCCGUACCGGGUGUGGGCGACGUGGCCGGCGGCGCUCCUGCCCGACUCGAAGGACUUUGUUACCAUUGUGCACGAGACCGCCAUGCAGGUCAUGGAGGACUUUGAGCAGGAGACCCGAGCGUCAAUGGAGGACUUGCCGGGCUCGACGUCUGCACCACGCAAGACUGCGACGCUGCACAAGAUGUUCCAGCGCCAUCGCGAGGGCGCUGCACGGGUUAGCGGACGCGGCCCGCGCCCGCCGUCGCCCGAGCCGGGCGCGCCGCCACUGGCACCUGCCCCGCCGUCAUCUGACCCGCCUCGGGCGCGGAGCUCGCUGAGAGCCCGCCGCGGGUUGUCAGCGGCCGGAGCAGGUGCAGGCCGCGAUGCUGCGCCGAAUUCGCCUGCCGCGCCGCGGGCCCCGCCGCGCGAUGCUUACAUGUUUGUCCCGUUCAACACCUGCGGCAACUGCCCGCUCAUCGCCCACCACCUCCGACUGUACAACAAGCACACCGACGCUGGGCGCGACGUCAUCGUGCAGCGCAUCGAGCGCGCGCCGUCGCCGCCCAACUCGCGACGUGCCAAGUCGUACCUCGGCGCUGCGGCGAGCGUGCUCGACGCGGUCAAGGCCGCCCGAGCCGAGUAUGCCGGCGCCCGGGCAGAGCUGCGUGCUGAGGUUGCGCGCGCCGAUGCCAAGCGCGACGCUGAGGUCGCCAUCAUCAACACCGCCCAGGACGAGGUCUUCUCCAUCCCUUCGCGCUCCGAGCGGCAGCUCCGCAUUCGCAAGCACGUCGACGAGCUCAUCGUCGAGAUUCUCCCCGAGCUCACAAUGGCCUGGGUCGAGGAGGUCGAGGGCACCGACGCCGCCUUUGGCGCCCAUCGAAACCGCGCCAUCGUGGCCGCUGUCACCUCGGCCGCAGCCUCGACCGCCCCUGCGUCAUCGGCAGGCGGACCAUAAACGUGUCUUUAUCUCGUC